AUGGAAGAGAUUAAUCACUUUAGUCAUGAAAACCAUCCAUUAAAGCUCAUCAACUCCAAGACAAUUGUUGGUGUUAGUUUUGAUGGUGGUGAUAAAACACCACAAGUGAUUGGCUGCUAUGCAUGUGAAAAACCCAUAUCAAGUGGUUUUGCAUAUGCUUGCAUCCAAUGUCGCUACUUUCUCCAUAAAGCAUGCACACAACUUCCCCCUACUAUCAAUGACCCUUCCUUAUAUCAUCACCCUCUAACACUUACUGAUAUGAAAAAUACAGAUUCUAGAUCAAGACAAUGUGAUGUGUGUCGUAUUCGAAAGACACCCGGAGUGUUUUCCUAUAUCUUUAUUAAGGAUAAUAAAUACACCUUUGCAGCUUGCAUUGAUUGUUGUGUUGCUAGAAUUUAUCUCAAGGCUGAAGCUGAUGCUAUCAAGGAGGAGGCAAAGAUCAAGGUUCAACACGAAGGCCAUCCACACCACACUUUAACCCUACAGUUAAGACCUGCUGCAUUCCGGUGUGAUGCUUGCAAUUCUAAGGAUGAAGGCUUGUUCUAUGAGUGUGAUAGUUGUGACUUCUGGAUCCACAAGACUUGUGCUUCCUUAGCCUCUACUAUCAAUCUUCCCCAUCACCCUAAUCACCCACUUGUUCUCGUCUAUUCACUUUCUGAAAAAUUCUUUAAUUUCCCAUAUUAUUGUGAAAUUUGCAACGAAUACAUCCUGCGGAAUGAAUGGUUGUAUCAAUGUGCAAAUUGUAGAUAUUUUGCUCAUAUAAAGUGUGCCUUACAUUCAGAACUUCCUUCUACUCCAAGAGAUGAUGAGGAUGAAAAUGGUUUGCUGCAUUUUCCCAUGUCAGAUGCAUUUACAGAUCCAUUGAAACUGCUACAUUUCGAAAAGAUGAGUCGAGUUGAUGAUGAAAAAACUAAGAUUAAGCAUUGGAGUCAUCACCAUCCAUUAAUCCUUACUGUUGAAGCCCAAGCAAACAACAUGUCUUGUAAUAGUGAUCUGAUAGAGGUAUGUCAGGGGUGUGUACGACCCCUCACCCUACCGUACUAUAGUUGCAAAGAUGGAUGUUCAUUCACUCUCCACAAAUAUUGUGCCGAAUUACCCAUCAAAUUACAACAUUCACUUCACCCAAAUCAUUCGCUUCACUUGAUAAACACACGGGAACAUGUCGAUAGAUGUAAAGAUUGUUGGGGCUAUGUCAACACAUUUUUAUACAAAUGUAAAACUUGCACGUUCAACCUCGAUGUCAACUGUGCAUUUCUACCCAACACCAUCAAACAUAAAUCCCACAAGCAUCCUCUUAUCCAAGUUAUCGAUACUGAGACUCCUUGUAAUGCUUGUGACAUGGGGUUUAGUGGUAUAAGUUAUGCUUGUAAGGCUUGCGACUUCUUAUUAGACAUGUUUUGUGCAAUUAGAUCGCCACAUUCCCUUGGUCACAGGUAUUGCAAAGGACAUGAAAUCCCAUUGACGUAUCCCCAGUCAUGGAUCAUCCUGAAGAUUUCUAUUGUGAUAUCUGUGAGGAAGAAAUGCACCCCAAGCUCCCCCUUUAUUAUUGCCACAGAUGCAAAAAUUCCUUUCACCUCUAUUGCAUUACUCGAGACGAUUAUAAUUUAA